AUGGCGACAAAGCGUUUCGCCAUUCAAUCACCAUUGACAACAGACUUCAUGGGUUUAAAUACAACGAAUGCAUCGGGUUCGGAUAAUACUAUCAAGUAUCAUCUAGUAGAAGCUGAAGAGGUGAAUCAUUAUAAGCCACCAAUACAAUCUCUUACGAUACGUUGUGCAAAACCUUUUCGAAAAAGUAAAUUCAAUUGGUCUCACUAUGAUGCAAUGGAACGUGAAGAAACGUUUGAGACAAACAAACAGUUUGAGACAAAAAAUCCAUUGCAUUGGCAAAGGUAUGGAAAAAAAAAUCCGGCUUUUCAUGAUAAUCGAGAUCCAUUGGGACAUAAUACUGGACAACGUGUUGAAAGACGGGGGAGACGAGAGGAAGAUCAGCAUGGAUAUUUUUAUAAUGGUGUUUAUAUACCGACUCCUGAUUUUAAAGUCACGGCACAAUGGGCAAAAAGCCAAAUUGAAUUUUAUUUUACAUCGGAUAAUUUGGUCCGUGAUAUUUUCUUACGUCAACAUAUGGAUGUUGAUGGUUAUGUUCCAUUGGCUUUUGUCGGUAGUUUUCAAGCUGUUUAUUCCAUUCAUCAGGAUUAUCCAUCACUUUUUGAUGCAAUGAAAGACUCGGAGACUCUUGAAUUGGAUCAAGCGAAUGAAAAAAUUCGAUUACGUCAUGAGUGGAAGAAGUGGAUUUGGCCAAAUGCGACGGGUGGCUAUGGAGUACCUCGAUACAUUAAACAGACGACUGAAAACAUCAAGACGACCUAG